GUACAACAUUAUGGAACCUGGCCUUACGUAUCUAUGUUUCAUCUUGCUACUGUUGAUCCACGGAUCAACGGGUGCAGACUUUUUGGACAUUCUGAGCGGCGACGGCUUCCAAGGAACCUCUGGCAAACGCUUGGUCAUCCAUCGCAUUGGCCAGUGUCCCGGUCAGAAAAAUCUACCCAUCUAUUUUCCGGACUUCAAGGUGACCCAGCACAACAAAACCACCUACACCGUAAACGGAGAAGUCAUCUUCCGGGAGGACUUCCCGAAUGGGUGGACUGGUUCGGCGUCGGUGAAAAAAUGUGACGAUUUCAACAGUGCGACCAACUGUCGCCCGUUUCUGAACAGUAUUGCCAAUAUGGAUGUGUGCUCGAUGCUGGGCCUCUCCACAGCAGUCUAUGCCAGGUAUCUGGACAGAAUGGAGCCGAGGCCGAAAUGCCCAUUUCGGAAGGGGACUUACGUUCUGAAAGACCAGCUAGUCGAGGACGAUAUGGCUCGAUUUUUGCCCGGUGCCGGCAAUACCUACUGGGAGGUAAAAUCAUCCGGGAAGAUAGGGGACCGCACGGUUUUGUGCUUCAUACUGCAGUUGAAUGCCCGUCCAAAGCGAAGGGAAUCGUAGUACACUGUGAAUAUAUUAGGUUCUAGUUUGCGUCAGUGACAGUUUGGCUUUCUUCAAAAUUACAUGUGUUGCAAAAAAUAGUAAAAUAUACGGAAUAAACUGAUUGAAAAUCGUAUCAUGGAAGGCGAAUCGAUUACGGCCACCCUCAAGAUGACCUUGGGUAAACUGGUUCAACGACAUUUCCAAACCCUGGAUGACGUUUUCUCCUGCCUUAUAUUCGUUCUGUGCGCUAUCGCUGUGUGGCAACUUUUCACCUGGGUUGUCAGCACUAUAAUCAGGCUGAUAUUUCCCAUAAUUGUAUGCUUUAUUUUCCUGGUGCUUUUCAAUGAACACUAUGCAACAGCGAUGGUUAAAUCAAUUCAAUUAUUCCAAAGCUUCUUCACACGGAUUUCUAAUGUGAUUUCAAUUGUAGUAUCGUAUAUUCCUUCCAUCGAGUAAAAAAUAUUUAAAUAAAUAAACUUUACUACCAUAUACAAUGAUCUCUUC